UUCGAAGGGACAUAACUCCAAUCAAUAAUGAGCAGCCCAUAGCGAGACGUCUUCGAGAAGUAUGGCGUCUGCAGGAGGCGAAGAUUUUUCUCUUGACAAUGAACCUAAAAAUCUUCGAAAAUGCCUGGAAAUAUUGAAAAAUGCCAAAUCAGAUAACGAGAAGUUUGCAGCCUUGUUGAUGGUAACAAAAGCAGUGAAAGCAUCUCAGUGCAACACACAAGAAAGAAAAGCCAUAAUUGAAGCUAUGGGACUGCCUUUUCUCACAAGGCUGAUGAAAACAAAGAAUGUACCUGAAGGUUGCCCACCAAGUAUCUACAGGUCACUUGCACUCAGCAUCUUGUCCAGUCUUUGUGAGGAUCCUUAUGUAGCUUGCCUUCCAGAGAUGAAGAAGCAAGUUCCUUACUUGAAUGAGAUCAUUUUGGCAGAACCAAAAGACUCGGAUGAUGCAGAGGUGCUGAGACAGACACAGAUGGAUUGCUUUUCAGUGUUAUACAAGAUGGGUGUGACUCCAGUUGGCUGUGAUUAUCUUAUUGAAGGAGGUUGUCCUCGGGCUUUGGUUGGUGUUAUUGUCAACACUUCAUCAGAUGUGGAGAGCAAAGCAAUGGGAGUUUUGCUUCUAAUGCUGCGACAGAAGCGCCAAGCUACCUGGACCGGCUGCCAGCAAGCAUUACAGCAGCUUUUAUCUCACCUGUCCACGCAGGUUAACACCAGACAGGAUGCCAGUAAAUUCAGCAUGUGUGACAUUUUGGCUUUUAUUCUUGCCAUGAGCCCAUCACUAAAGUAUUCAGAGUGUAGACAAAGAUGGGUAAAGCCCUUGAUGGUGACUGUUACACUGCUGGUCAAAUCCAAACUGGGUGAAGGGCAACGGCAGAGUGUGCUGAUGAUGGUGUCCAGUCUGGUGCAGUUCAUGGGAGUGACAUGCCUCAUGCCUCCUGUUGCACCAGAACCCAAGCUGCUGCAGCUAGUCACUCACCUGGCAGCCAUUGAGGUGCGCAUGGCUACGGAAAACUGCUCUGCACAACAGCUACGGAGGCUGAAAGGGAAACUUCUGUCCUAUUACAAUCUCCUGGAAAACAUCAUGUUCUACAUUCUGGAUGCCAACGAGGAAGAGUUGUCUGCCAGCCAGGUUAAGAUGAUUCACUCUGCCAUGCUAAGCGCGCUCAAAGGUGUGACCUACCUCCUGUCAGAAGUCAGUUAUGGCUACAUGAAGCUGAAGCUGCGUGACCCUAUUGUGCUUGGCUCUAUACGCAUGCUUGGGGCGUGGAUGGCGGAGGAAACAACAGCUCUGCAGGAUGAAGUGGUUGAUCUUCUGCCUUUUCUCAUAGGCGUGUGCAAAAUUGAGGUGGGACUGCUAACAGAAGACAGUACACUGACCAUGGUAGAAGAGAAAAAAUGUUCAAGCUUGCAGGCACAAGGUGAGGAAGGUUCACAGUCAUCUAAGAAAGGUCUGGCAGCGAUAACUGCCACAGGAGAAUCCCAAGCACUGGUUCCAGUAUCACAAAGCAGUGACCAGCUUUGCAAAAUGGGUGUAACUGGGCCUAGUAAUGGAACCAGCUUCAGCAGAUUUAUGGAUGGUGGUGCAGAAGUCAGCGACGAGGUUGUCACUCAGGAUACAGCAGAUGGUGCAGUGGGAGGUGAUUAUGAACCGAUGUCUGUGGACGAGGCUGGCGACUCCAGUGAAGACCUUUCUGGAAUGGAUCAGCAUAAUGGUGGGGAGAAGGAUAAGGCUAUGAUAGGAAUGGCCAAAGACUUUGAGAACUUGCUGACUGUACAGGAGGACCUUGGUGCUGCAAGCCAGACAUUUGGCUCGGAGCCUACCACGGUGGAUGUGAUGAAGUACCUCAUGCCAGGGUUCCUCCACAUAACUGUGGAUGAUGAGGCACGAGACCUUAUGGUAAAUUGUGGCUUGCAUGAAGCUCUCCUUCUGCAUUUUAUUAACCUUCAUGCUCAGCUGACUGGAAAUCCAGCCUCGGAAGACUUGCAGGGACGAAUGAGCACGUUGUGCAAUGUGCUGCUGAACUUUGCUGUGACAGACAAAUCACUGUGCUCUGUCGACCCAGUUUUCCAGGAUCUUGUGGAAAGGGUUGUUCACAUUCUUCCCUCUGUGGUGUACAGACAAGAACUUCUGCUAUACUCAUGUCACUUGACUGUGCUUGGGUUGAUGCUGACACGUGUACAGGCCCCACACUACAGGACGGAGUCAGAAAAUCGCAAAAAGUUUUUCACUGCAUGCAUUACGUUUCUGAGUCGAGGACUGGAGGUUCAGGUGCGCCACAACAAAGCUGUGGGCGUCAAAAUUUCUGAUGAUUACAAGACAGAAUGGCCUCAGAUGCAUGAUCUUUGGGUGAUAUCUGUUCAAGAGGUCACUGCCAUUUUGGCCCAGUUUCCUGAUCUGGUAGAAACAAUCUUAAAGUCUGCUUGGAUUCCCACCCUCUGCAAAAUCUUGAUUGAUGCAGCAGCAAAAGGUCUUGAUCCUGAUAUGAAGCCAGUUCUGCUGGCAUUUAUCUACAAACUUGCCACUAUUGAUGACAAAGCUCGGACAUUGAUCACUGAACUCCGAGGUGUCGAGCUGGCCAAGUUGCAUGGCAUGUUGGACUUGGAACAGGUUUUGAAGAGAGAACACACAUGAAUGUUGAUUUAACAAGACUCAUAAUUAUUUUCUUAUGGGCUGACUGCAAAUUUAAGGCACAUCACAAGUGACACAUGGUGAUCACAGGUUCUCCGUGCUUUAGACAUAUAUUUCAAACAAAAAAGAUCACGCAUGUACAUGUUUUUGUCCAGCAGAAUGAGGUGAUCUGCAUAAUGACAAAAAAAUGGUCCUGAUGUCAUAGCUUAUUGUUGGAUCUAUAUAUAAAUAAAUGUCUUGUGAAAGUUUAACAAAUUAUAUGUCAGUAGAGAGCUUCA